AUGGAUGGUUCCACUAAGUCUCUGCUAGUUUCAUUGGUUAACAUUGCUAAUGAAGUUAGUUCAAUGGAGAAGUCUCACUUUGUUCAUGCAAGGAAUGUUUCAUCCAUGAUAUGGAGGAUCAAGCUUCUCUCUUCUAUGCUUGAAGAGAUUCAAUUAACAUGCUGUCCAAUUCCUCCAUCUUCCAUAAUGUCUUUCAAUGAGAUCUUGUCUUUGAUUGUAAAAUCAAAGCAUAUGAUUCAAGAAUGCAAAGAUGGCAGUUAUCUUUGGAGUCUAAUACAGUUGGAGUUCAUAUCCAACCAAUUUUACUUGCUGGCAAAGGAUAUGGGAAAUUCCCUUGACACACUUCCUCUGAGUUCGCUUAGCAUCACAAGAGAUACACAAGAACAAGUGGAGCUUCUCCAGAAACAAGCAAAAAUGGUUAAGUUGUUCAUUGAUCCUCGCGAUCUUCAACAAAGAGACCGGCUUCUACAUGUGAUGGCCAACAACAGUUUACAAAACAAGGACUUUGUUAAUGCUGGAAAAGUGGAGGAAAUAUUAAGCAACAUUGGUUUGAAAACUGCAUCGGAUUAUGAUAGGGAAAUAUCGAAACUAGAGGCUGAAGCUCGGAAUCAGGCUAGCACCGGAGGACUAAAGGAAGCGUCUGAUAUCAAGAAUCUGUUAUUUCUGGUUUCAUAUUCCAAAUCAUUGAUAUUCAAAGAUGUAGAGAAUGAAAGAAAUGAAGGAGAGUGCCAGCCACUGCCUGAAUUUCAACAUAUCAAAAUUCAUGAUUAUUGUCCAGCAAGUUCCAAGUCCAUAACACUAACUAUUCGCGACGAAUUUCUUUGCCCGAUUUCGCUUGAACUAAUGAGGGAUCCUGUGAUUGUAUCUUCCGGCCACAGCUAUGAUCGAGUUUCGAUAGCACGGUGGAUAAACUCUGGGCAUCACACUUGCCCCAAAAGUGGACAAAGGUUAAUUCACACUGCUCUAGUACCAAACUAUGCAUUGAAGGGUCUUAUCCAGCAAUGGUGCUAUGAAAACAAGCUCCCAGUGAACGACCCUAAUAUGUCUGUUUUGAAGGUAAAUAGCAGCAAGAGGAACUUCAAUGCGAAUUCUUUAGAUGCGAUCAAAAUGACAGCAGAGUUUUUAGUAGGAAAAUUGGCAACUGGCUCGGCCGACACCCAAAGGAAAGCCGCUUAUAAACUCCGGUUACUCGCAAAAUGCGGUAUGUACAGUCAAAAAAUUAUAGCCGAGGCCGGGGCUAUUCCAUUUCUAGUUACACUACUACUUUCCAAUGAUCCAAGAAUCCAGGAACAAGCGGUGACGGCUUUGUUAAACCUCUCCAUCUUUGACAACAACAAGAUUUUGAUAAUGGCAGCCGGCGAAGCAAUCGAAAACAUAAUAGAAGUACUUGAAUCUGGGAAGACAAUGGAGGCAAGAGAAAAUGCGGCAGCAGCAAUAUUCAGCUUGACUAUGAUAGAUUACAGCAAAGUAACAAUUGGAGCUCAUCCAAGAGCCACAAAGGCAUUAGUUAAGCUCUUGAAAGAAGGCACACCUGUAGGUAAAAGAGAUGCUGCUACUGCGCUUUUCAACCUGGCAGUUUACCAAAAUAACAAGGCGACAAUUGUGAGUGCAGGGGCAGUUUCUUUGCUGAUUGAGUUGCUGAUGGAUGAUAAGGCCGGUAUCACUGAUGAUGCAUUGGCUGUGCUUGCUUCUCUUGUUGGUUGCUCUCAAGGGCUACAAGAGAUAAGGAACAGCAGAGCAUUGGUUUCUAUCCUUAUUGAGCUUCUGAGGUAUGGAUCAGCCACAGGGAAGGAAAACUCAAUAACACUUCUUCUCGGGUUGUGCAAAGAAGAAGGCGAGCUCGUGGCAAGGCGUCUCUUAGUGAAUCCCAGCAGCAUUCCUUCUCUUCAAAGUUUGGCUGCUCAUGGCUCGUUGAGGGCACGUCGAAAGGCUGAUGCAUUGCUUCGCUUGCUAAAUAGAUGCUGCUCACAACCUCAUCAUUCUCUUUGA